UCCGGAAAAACAAGUUGCACACAACAAGCCCUGGGGAAGAGAAGCAAAGGAGACUUAGCCACUGGCAGAACAAACAGCAUGGAUCUGAUGACUUCAGCAGGCCCCACGGCCAAUUCUGUGUUUGUGAUGGCACCCCACAACGGGCAUCCUGUGAUCCCCGAAAGCAUGUCUCAGGUGCCCCUGUAUCCACUCACCCAGCCCCAAGUCCACCAAAUUUCUGGGAACCCACCUGGUUUAGAGCCGCCUGUGUCUAUGCAACCAGCCCAGAGAUCCUUUAAAGAAGCCAAAGUUUUAGGGGCCAUCCAGAUCCUGAUUGGCCUGAUACACAUUGGCCUCGGCAGUAUCAUAGGCAUGAUCGUUUCCUGGUACUACUACUACACCGUUGUCUCAUUCUAUGGAGGCUAUCCCUUCUGGGGAGGCAUCUUGUUCAUCAUUUCAGGAUCCCUGUCAGUGGCAUCAGAAGAGCUACCAAGAUCUUCUUGUCUGCUGAAAGACAGCAUGGGCCUGAGUAUCACCAGUGCAGUCUGCUCUGUGGUUGGAAUCCUGCUCCUCAUCACAGAUAUGGUUAUCAACUCCCUAUUUAUCCACAAUAGCUCCAAUGGUAUGGUCUCUGGAAUAGCUAUUUCUGCCAUGCUGUUCAUCUUUAGUCUCCUGGAGUUCUGCAUUGCCUGCACAUCUGCUCACUUUGGCUGCAAACUGGUCCGCGAUUCAUACAACAACGACGCUGUGGUCUUCCAAACCGUCUAUGUGACAAACCUAUUGGCCAAUCCAGAACCAAUGAACUCCCCACCAUCUUAUUCCAGUGACAUCCAGGACUACAAAUAAGCCAAAGGUUCCAGAAGCAUGGUUCUCUGGAACCAAAAUAGAACUCCCUCUGGGCUUCUGAAACUCAGCUUCUUCCUUCUCUGACAAACUAAAGAAUAUGUCCUGUCCAACUGUCGGCACCCUGUACUUCAUUCACCUUAGCUUGGUUAAUCAUGCUGUUUCUCCAUUUAAAAGGAAUAAAAGGAGACAGGACUUUAAAGUGAAUUUGAGUAAAGAGGUCCUUCCUAGGAUAUCCACCUGUGGGACAUCCAGUGCACUGAUGAGCUUAUGAGCUAAUGAAACAAAUGUCUAGACAAUCCAAGCUUCAUUCUCCCAAUCAUUCACUCACGGACUAAAAAUGCACUGAGUAUUUUAUAUGUUCAAAACUAUUUAUGGCAGAAAGAGGGUAAACAUGGAACAUGCAAUUCCUUGACUUCAAGCAACUUCUGCCUCACAAGAGAAGAACAUGCAAGCAAUUUUCUUUAAAGUAAGGCAGAAUAUGGGGAUAGUGCAGAGAGAUCAGAGAGGGAAAUAAUUUAUUCUAACAGUGAUGGGGAAGCAGAGGACAAGUCUAGUUAAGGAAGCAGCAUUUGUUGGAAAAUUAAAGGAGGUAGUGUGGUUUUUAUAUUGUUGUUUUUUAGUCCAAUAGCAAACCACAAUUUUGAGAGGACCUUUGGAGAGAGUCAUCCACUAAAAUUAUUAGUUUUUUUUUAUAUGCUGUUACCUCCAAUGCAAUAUUACUCAAGAAUAAACAUUGUCUUAAAAUAUCUUCCAAA